AUGAACAAAAAAGACCAGUGCAACACAUGUUUUUCGUAUAAAUAUAAAAAUGAAACUGAAGAGAAGUGGAAAAUUCAUGUAGCUAAUAAAGAAAAGGCUAGGAAGGCAAAGACAACAGACAAAGAAUUAGCUGAAAAGGGGAAAAUUGUGGCAGUAACAAUGGACUUACAGGCAGUCAAACUAGCGCCAUUUUUGCCAGCUAGAAAAAUCUAUUUUAAAACAAAACUGUGUUGUCACAAUUUUACUUUAUACAAUUUGGCCACUCGUGAUGUAACUUGCUACUGGUUUUCUGAGGACCAAAACAAUCAGCUACAAGCUUCUACGUUUACUUCUUGCAUAAUAGAUUUAUUGGAGAAAAAUUGUUUGACCCCUGACAAGUUGCCCAUUAUUAUCUAUUCUGAUGGUUGUGGCUUUCAGAAUAAAAACAAUAUUUUGUCCAACGCUAUUUUAAACUUUUCCAUCAAACACCAAAUAUUUGUAUACCAGAAGUAUUUAGAGCCGUGUCACACUCAAAUGAAGUGUGACUCGGUUCAUAGCAUAAUAGAGAGAAAACUACGUCAUCGCGAAAUACAUUUACCAAGUGAUUACGCUUACGUUACUAAAGAUUAA